AUAACAUCUGCUCUGACUUGAAGUAGAACAAGAAUGCUGCCAAAUUAAGCAGUGAGAGAAAUGAAAGGAGACAUGCACAUCUGAGGAAGAGACGAAGAGUUUUGAACUUGUCAGAGAGAUCACACUAUAAUAAUGACCUUUAUUGAAAAGGGUCAAAAGAAGACCUACAUUUCAACAUUCAGGUUUGAGCUAAAGCCUCCGCUGGAUGUGCCGAAGAGAAGAGAGAAUGGAGCCAUACUGACACACAUAGAGGAGAGCUGUCUGAAAUCAGAAACUUCUGAUACAGAGAAAAAGUCUCCUAAAAAUACCCUGGACAGAGUGGAGACCAAUACAGAUGUCACACUGAAUAAAACAGCCAGCAGUAGUUCAGUUGAGUUUUUGGAUCCCCAGCAGCAGGUUGUGGCUCGUGUCGGAGGAAGCGCUCGACUGCACUGCCAUUUCAUCAGCUCUGGGCCUGUGGCUUCCUGCUGGAUUCAUGACAGGGAAAAGGUUGUGUUAGAAGGAGCACGAGCGAGUGUGAAGAGCAGCAGCAGUAGCAGCACCCUGGUCCUCUCUAAGGUUCUUCCUGUAGACGCAGGAAGUUAUUCCCUCUUUGUUCGUGACCGAAGAGGAACAGCUCACUGGACCGUAACCCUCAGUGUCAUUGAUAGUCCCGACCCUCCAGCCUCGUGUCCGUUCGUGUCCCAGUUGACCUGCACAUCUCUGGUUCUGUCCUGGUCUGGGCCGUGCUUCGACGGAGGAUCUGCCGUCACAGGAUACGUGGUGGAGCAUCAGAGGCUGGACCGACCCGAGCCCGGGAACUGGACUGUACUGACUGACCGGUGUCAAAACACCUCGUAUCGGGUCCGCUCUGGUCUCGACCCGCAGGGAGAGUAUAGCUUCAGAGUACGUGCCUACAACACAGUGGGAGUCAGUGACCCCAGUAAGGAGUCGGAUCGCAUUAAGAUGAACACAGCAGUUGAGCCACAACAGGAAGUGACCUCAUAUGGGGAGAUUGUGACUGACACCACACACAAAGCCAGGGAUCAUUAUCAGGUCCAUGAAAAACUGGGAGUGGGGAAGUUUGGGGAAGUGUUCAGGAUGACCCAUAUGCAGACUGGUCGGGUGUGUGCGGGUAAAUUCUACCGGGCCCGUGUCUCCAGAGACAAAAAGGCAGCGAGGCAAGAAAUCAAGCUGAUGAACGAACUACACCAUCCGAAGCUGGUGCAGUGUCUCGCAGCCUACGACACACCGUCUGAGACAGUCAUGGUUCUUGAGUAUAUUGCAGGCGGUGAGCUGUUUGAACGGAUUGUAGAUGAGAAUUUCGAGCACAACGAGCCCAACAGUGUAAACUACAUGCGUCAGAUCCUGGAAGGAGUCCAGUAUAUGCAUCGCAAACACAUCAUUCACCUCGACCUGAAGCCAGAGAACAUCGUCUGUGUGAACGGCACUGGGACGCUCAUCAAGAUCAUCGACUUUGGAUUGGCCUGCAAACUGGAGCCUGGGAAAGUUCUGAUGGUGUUUCAUGGGACUCCAGAGUUUGUGGCCCCAGAGGUCGUCAAUUAUGAACCUGUAGAUCUGGCCACUGACAUGUGGAGCAUCGGCGUCAUCUGCUACAUUCUGCUGAGUGGCGAGUCUCCAUUCCAGGGAAUGAGUGAUGCAGAAACCUUCGCUCUGGUCACUGCAGCACAAUUUGAGUUUGACCCUGAGAGUUUUGAUGAUAUCACGGAAGAGGCGAAAGAUUUCAUCAGCGGCCUAUUGAUGAAGGAUAAGAGAACAAGACUGUCAUGUGAGAAGGCUUUAGCUCAUCCCUGGAUAGCUUUAUUUGGUGACUCAAACUCAAGAUCAACUAAAUCCCUUAACAAAGACAAGAUGAGAAGAUUCCUGGCCCGACAGAAGUGGAAGAAAACUGGUAAAGCCCUGCUUGCGCUGAAGAGGAUGGCUCGCUGGAGCAAAUCUGAUAGCCCACAUUCUCCUAUUUCUGUAGAUGAGCAAACUCUGGGAAAAGAGGCCGAACAAGCUGUAGCAUCACUGGAAAAACGGUUGUGGAUUGAACCACGUUUUCACCAAGCGCUGCAUGACCUCACUGAGAGCUGUGGAGCCACAGUCCACCUGGCCUGUACAAUACAUGGAUAUCCUGACCCUAAAGUGAUUUGGCUGUUUGAUGAGGCGCCGCUGGAGGAGUCCGGGCGAGUUCAGAUGAAUUAUAAAGAGGAUGGCAUUUGCACGCUCACCCUUGCUCAUGUACAACCAGGGGAUUCUGGGAUCUACAAAUGCUGUGCAUCCAACAGCCUGGGGCAGGCGCUGUGUUCUGCCAGACUCACCGUGGAACUCUAGAACACGAGUCGUGCAAGUGCAUUUCUGAAGUGAGAAUGUUAGGAACCAUGUGCAAAAAUUAUGUUGGAACAAAAGCACUUUAAAACCAUUUUAUCUCAAGUUUGAGGUCACUAGAUGCCGUUGUAAUUCACCAUUUCUGAUUUGAUUUGUUCUAUUGUUGGUUUUUAAAGUCACAGUUGUUGGUUUUUCUCUCACACCCUUAAUAUUUGCUUCAAGUUCAUUGUCAUUUUUUUUUUUUUUCUUUGGUGUGAAAAUAGUUUUAUCCAUCAUUUACUAGUUUGAGUGUUAUCUACAGAACGUGGACAUGGUAUUUAAUACAGAGAAAGACAUUUUAAAAAGUUACAUUUGUUGUACAUGCAUGUAUAUAUGAAGAAUAAAAUUACUAAAGUUUUAAGAAA